GGGAGUUAACUUCACUGGUGAGCCGCCUUGGCCUCUCUGCAACUGAGAAACAGCAGGUCCGAAUUCCAACUCUUUCAUAUCCAGUUUGUGUGACGGAUCAGAAAUACAUUUCAGGAUGAACACCACCGCACUCAAUAAAUUAGAAUUUUCCUUUCUUGAGGAGGGUUUCUCUGCUCGGGACAUUGUUGAGCAGAAAAUCAAUGAGUCAUCCUUGACGGAUGACAGGGAUGCAUUCUAUGUCUGUGACCUAGGAGAUGUUUUACGAAAACACCUCCGCUGGGCAAGAGCACUGCCUCGCAUCACUCCUUUCUAUGCCGUUAAGUGCAACGACAGCCAGGCUGUAGUUAUGACUCUGGCAUCACUGGGAACUGGCUUCGAUUGUGCAAGCAAGACUGAGAUCCAGCUUGUUCAGUCUCUGGGAGUAGAUCCAAGCAGAAUCAUCUACGCCAACCCCUGCAAGCAGGUUUCACAGAUAAAGUAUGCAUCUGCACAUGGAGUCCAAAUGAUGACCUUUGAUAGUGAAGUGGAGCUCAUGAAAGUGGCUCGUUGUCAUGAUAAUGCCAAGUUGGUGUUGCGUAUUGCCACAGAUGACUCAAAGGCUUUGUGUCGCUUAAGUGUGAAGUUUGGGGCUCCUCUUAAAGCUUGUCGUGGUCUCCUGGAGCGGGCCAAGGAACUGGGGCUGGAUGUGAUCGGUGUCAGCUUUCAUGUUGGCAGCGGCUGCACGGACGCAGAGACCUACACCAAAGCUAUUGCAGAUGCUCGCUGUGUCUUUGACAUGGGGGAAGAGCUUGGCUUCAACAUGGAUCUCCUGGAUAUUGGAGGAGGUUUUCCUGGUUCAGAUGAUGCUGAACUGAAAUUUGAAGAGAUUACAGUAGUAAUCAACGCUGCCCUUGACAAGUACUUUCCUGUUGACUCUGGGAUCAGGGUCAUCGCUGAGCCGGGACGCUUCUACGUGGCAUCUGCCUACACGUUGGUUGUGAACAUCAUUGCUAAGAAGGUCAUCAUGGAUGACGAGCCGUCUUCUGAUGAGGAAGAUGAUGCGACCAGUCGCACAACUCUGAUGUACUAUGUCAACGAUGGGGUGUAUGGAUCCUUCAACUGCAUCCUCUAUGACCAUGCUCACUGUUUGCCAAUGUUGCAUAAGAAACCAAAGCCAGAUGAGGCGCUGUACCCCUGCAGUAUAUGGGGCCCAACAUGUGACGGUCUAGACCGGAUCGUCGAACUGUGUACCCUGCCGGACCUCCAGGUGGGCGACUGGCUGGUUUUUAACAACAUGGGUGCCUACACUGUAGCUGCCUCCUCCACCUUCAAUGGCUUCCAAAGACCUGACAUUUACUACGUCAUGUCCCGUCCUGCCUGGCACUAUGUGCAGCAGAUCUGCUCCCAUGGCCUUCCAGCUCCUGCAGAGGAGUCCUCCCUAUCUGACGUUCCAGCUUGCUGUGGCGAGAGCAGCUUGGACAUGCCCACCAAGCCUUGCCACACCCAUGUGAUCUGAAACUUGCAACAGAAAGAAGCCAUGUUCCUUAGUUGGCAUCUUUAUUAAUAAGCGGAUGAAGUUCUAUACAUGUUGGACAAGCCCAGUUACUUGACAGGAGAUUGAGGGGGACAUGUUGCACACAUUGCAAUGUUCUGUACAGAAGCUGGGAAUCAACCCUUGAAUGAGGCUGUUUCACACUCAGGCCAUCUCUGUGGGUACCAGACACAGUUUAACAAGCAGCUCUGUAUUAAAAUUAAUUGCUGCUGAUUUGUAGCAUUAGCAUGGGGUACUUCACUAUAAGCCUAUUUUUAGAACUGGAAAAAGUUGGAAAUUAACUUCAUGAUGACUUGAAGAACAACUUUGGAGUAAAAGUAUUGUUUGCCCAGUACAGCUGUGAAAGUAGAGAUGGGGCAGUUGUUGGUUUGGGGACUUAAACAGAAAUUCAGAUGGCCUUAUCUAUCAGUAUCAUGAGGUCAGUGUAUUAUCAUUUUAACAACUGAAGACGCAUAUCUGAUGACUCACAAAACAUUGGCGAGAGGUGGAAUUCAGAUCCUUAUAUGGCUGCUAUAAUUAUAUUUUCCAUGAUUGCCACUUCUGAACAGAACCGAGGUAGUGUUAAUCUUCAAGAUCUUUCAAAACCUCAUGUUUUAACUUUCAUAUCUGGAACAAAACGUAGUCUUUGAUCAGAAAAUGUUGAUUACAUGAAUUGUUUUGGGUGUAACUAAUGAUUCUGGAAAAUAAGAGAAAAAUCUUUAAGAUUAACACUUAAAACACAGGGACUCAAAAAGCAGAUGGCACCCCUCUCCUUUUGGUUUCUCUUUUUUUGUUUUAGCUUGCAGAAUUAUAUAAUUUGUUCAUAAUAUUAACCAGACAGCAAAGUUUGAACAUGCAUGGAAACUGGAUAUGAAAGAGACGGGAUUGCAUAUUUGUAUCGCUUUCCUAUGGAAACCUUUUGAAGUUUUGUAUUUUUUUUUUAAUAAAUUAGGUGCUGAACCAAA